UGCCAGCCCGUCCUCAUCAACAGCAGCGGCUUGUACCAGGAGCUGGAGUCGGACGGCAGCACGAUGGAGGAGUAUUCCCAGGAGGAUUGGGGCAACCACAGUCAGGAUCUGCAUUGCUACCAGACCGGCGAGCAGGAAUUGGAUGAAAUGCCUCCCACGAAAAGGACCCUGAAGAUAAAACAGGAGUCUUCGGAAGACACGCAGAAGCGCGACGUGAUGCAGAACAUCAUGCAGAUCCUGGAGUCGGUCCAGCUGAAGUGGGAGCUGUUCCAGAGCUGGACGGACUUCUCCAGGCUCCACCUUUCGAACAAGCUGGCCAUCUUCGGCAUCGGGUACAACACCCGCUGGAAGGAGGACAUCCGUUACCACUACGCGGAGAUCAGCUCGCAGGUGCCCCUCGGCAAGCGGCUGCGGGAAUACUUCAACUCGGAGAAACCCGAGGGCCGGGUCAUCAUGACGCGGGUGCAGAAAAUGAACUGGAAGAACGUUUAUUACAAAUUCCUGGAGAUCACCAUCAGCGAGGCCCGGUGCCUGGAGCUGCACAUGGAGAUCGACUGGAUACCCAUCGCCCACUCCAAGCCCACCGGAGGGAACGUCGUCCAGUAUUUAUUGCCGGGAGGGAUCCCCAAAAGCCCCGGCUUGUAGUGCCACGAGAACCCCCCCUCGCCCCUGGCCGAGCGCAGGGCGCCCGAUCCCGGCAGCGAGACGCCAGGCGAGCUGGAGGUGCCCUCGCCGCAGGCCUCCCUCCGGCUGGACGUGGAGUCCGCCCGGAUUAUCUACUGUUACCUCGGCAUUGCCGAGGUCCGGACUCUCCAGCAGUGCCUGUUUUUACACUUCCAGGCGAACACCAAAACCUUCAGCAAAGAUUGGGUGGGGAUCAACGCCUUUUUGUCUCAGAACUGCGUGAUAGAGCCCGGCGUCUCACCCAAAUCCAUCUACAUCAAAUUCGUGGAAGUGGAGAGGGAUUUUCUAUCCGCCGGCUCUCUGGUAGAGUGCCUGGAAAAAGCCAUCGGAUACCCCUUAAAAUUUAACAACUGA